GGAACCACGCCGCUUCCCAGCCACGGUGAUAAGCUUGAAGCGCGGACCUUUCAACCCGAACUUUAUUAAUUCUCACGCUAGGCCCCUGGAAGGCGAUGGAGGUGGCCGCUAAUUGCUCCCUGCGGGUGAAGAGACCUCUGUUGGAUCCCCGCUUCGAGGGUUAUAAGCUCUCCCUCGAGCCGCUGCCCUGUUACCAGCUGGAGCUUGACGCAGCUGUGGCAGAAGUAAAACUUCGAGAUGAUCAGUAUACACUGGAACACAUGCAUGCUUUUGGAAUGUAUAAUUACCUACACUGUGAUUCAUGGUAUCAAGACAGUGUCUACUACGUUGAUAACCUUGGAAGAAUUAUGAAUUUAACAGUGAUGCUGGACACUGCCUUAGGAAAACCACGAGAGGUGUUUCGACUUCCUGCAGAUUUGAUAGCAUAUGACGAUCGCCUUUGCGCAUCCAUCCAUUUCACAUCUUCUACUUGGGUUACCUUGUCAGAUGGAACUGGAAGAUUGUACCUCAUUGGAACGGGUGAACGUGGAAAUAGUGCUUCUGAAAAAUGGGAGAUUAUGUUUAAUGAAGAGCUUGGAAAUCCUUUUAUCAUAAUUCACAGUAUCUCAUUGCUGAAAGCUGAAGAACAUUCGAUAGCUACCCUGCUUCUUCGAAUAGAGAGAGAGGAAUUGGAUAUGAAAGGAAGUGGUUUCUAUGUUUCCUUGGAGUGGGUCACUAUUAGUAAGAAAAAUAAAGAUAAAAGAAAAUAUGAAAUUACUAAGCGUAAUAUUCUCCAUGGAAAGUCAGUGCCCCACUAUGCCGCUAUUGAGCCUGAUGGGAAUGGUCUAAUGAUUGUCUCUUACAAGUCCUUUACAUUUGUUCAAGUUGGUCAAAAUCUUGAAGAAAGUAAGGAUGAAGACAUGUCAGAGAAAAUCAAAGAACCUCUGUAUUACUGGCAACAAACUGAAGAUGAUUUGACAGUAACAGUAUCGCUUCCAGAAGACUGUACUAAGGAAGACAUUCAAAUACAGUUUUUGCCUGAUCAUGUCAACGUUGUGCUGAAGGGUCAGAGGUUUUUGGAAGGAAAUCUCUAUUCAUCUAUUGAUCAUGAAAGCAGUACAUGGAUAAUUAAAGAGAAUAAUAGCUUGGAGAUUUCCUUGAUUAAAAAGAAUGAAGGACUGACAUGGCCAGAGCUAGUGGUCGGUGAUAAACAGGGGGAAUUUAUUAGAGACUCAGCCCAAUGUGCUGCAAUAGCUGAACGUUUGAUGCAUUUGACCUCUGAUGAACUGAAUCCAAAUCCAGAUAAAGGUAAACCUCCUUGUAAUGCUCAAGAGUUAGAAGAAUGUGAUAUUUUCUUUGAAGAGAGCUCCAGUUUAUGCAGAUUUGAUGGCAGUACAUUAAAAACUACUCAUGUGGUGAAUCUUGGAAGCAACCAGUACCUUUUCUCUGUCAUAGUGGAUCCUAAAGAAAUGCCCUGCUUCUGUUUGCGCCAUGAUGUUGAUGCACUUCUCUGGCAACCACACUCCAGCAACCAAGACGAUAUGUGGGAGCAUAUCGCAACUUUCAAUGCUUUAGGCUACGUCCAAGCAUCAAAGAGAGACAAAAAAUUUUUUGCCUGUGCUCCAAAUUACUCUUAUGCAGCCCUUUGUGAGUGCCUUCGACGAGUUUUCAUCUAUCGUCAGCCCACUCCCAUGUCCACUGUACUUUACAAUAGGAAGGAAGGCAGGCAAGUAGGGCAGGUUGCUAAGCAGCAGGUAGCAAGCCUAGAAACCAGUGAUCCUAUUUUAGGCUUUCAAGCAACAAAUGAGAGAUUAUUUGUUCUCACUACCAAAAACCUCUUUUUAAUAAAGGUAAAUACAGAGAAUUAAUUACUCCAACAUGUUGGCUUCUCUGUACUGGAAAAGUAUUCAGUGGUAGCUGGAAGGCUGGGCAGUUGUGCUGUAAUCUGUUAAGUUUUAUUGUGUUAAAAUUAUCUUGUAUGAAUUUAUUUUUUAAAGGAUAUUGGAAAUAUAUUUGAGAUUAUGAGUCUAUAAAAGCUAUGGAAUGAAGCUGCAAAUUUAGAGGAAAUUAGCUUCUGUAAAAAAUGUAAAGAUAGUAUCAGCAAGUAUAAUUAAUUUUUUAAAAACAGGCUAGAAUCUCAUCUUUUAUAUGAAAGAUGUACAAUUCAUGUUUAAAAAUAAAAAUAUUUAUCGUGUAUUUUUUGUUCACUGAUACAGUUUCUACUUCUUUACCUAUAGAAUGUAUAGGAUAAUAGUUAAAGUGUUGAUUCUUGUAAAUACUUUUCAAAUGGACUGAAUAGCUGGGGUAGAGGGAGAAAUAUAACAGGUACAGCAGGUCUAGUACUGUUAAAGUUUGCUGAGAGACCUUAAGUGUUUUUUCAUAUUAAGUAUAGCUUUAUUUUUUUUUUUUUUUUUUUUUUUAAACAAGUAUAGCUUUAUUUAACUUUUAUCCAUUUGGUCUUCCACAGACAUAAAUAAAGAGAGAUGAUAAGGUUCUACGAAGUGUAGCUCUUAUCCAUUGCUAUAUAACAAACCACUCCACAACUCAGUGGUUUAAAACAGGAUGUUUUAUAAUUUUUCAUGGUUCACUGACUUGACUGUCUCUGUUCUGCAUGGCCUUUCCUCCUCCAGUAAACUAGACCGUGUUUCUUCCCAUGACAGAAAAAACAUUACAAGAGGGCAAGCCCUAACGUACAAGAGUUUAUCAAGCCUGCACUUGCAUCAUAUUUGCUCAUCUUUCAUUGAACAAAGCAAGUCUAGAGUCAGUGUGAGAGAGUGGAGUACACAAGGAUACAGAUAGCAGGUGGUAUGAUUCACUGGGAGCCAUUUAUGUAACAAACAGUCUGCCAUACAGAUUAUAAUUCGUCCUGGUAGUUCUUACAUUUCUACAGUUAAGAAAAAAGUAAUCCUGUUUGUUUAUACAUUAAAUAUGUUUUGCCAUGAA